GGUUGCGCGAUGCGGAAGGUCGGUACCCGGCGGCUCGCCAGCCAAGGCAACAAUGGGACCUUCGAUAACCGUCCUUCGGUAACCGCUCGGAUCCUCAAUUUUCGGAAGGGAUUUGACGAUUGAAUGCAAUUCAUAUCGUAUCUUCGUUAUCACUAUAUAUGAAUAUAAUUUUCUUUUAUAUACCGUUGUGAGGGGUUGAUUCGCGAGCGUGUCUAAGAAGCGGUAUUAAAGCCGCGUCCCGACCAACUGACAGCCAUGGUCCUCUCGCCGCCAUUCUGACGGCGGAAGGCUCUACAGUUAACACAGCUACACCAAAGACUGUUUAGGACAGUGUGUGAGUCUUGUUUGGGCGUUCAACGGGGGCUGUGCACCGGUGGAAGGGUUUUUCUACGUGUCGUAUCGGUGGGGGACGGGCGAUCUCCGUUACGUAACCGGAGUAGGAGGCGGGAGGCGAGACCUAGGCGUAACCGGAGGAGGCGGGACCUAGCCUGACCGGGGGAGGCGGGACCGAUUUUCCAGCCUGGCUAGUUUCCAGCAUUUUCAGAUUCAGCAGUACAGCAGCAGCUCGUGUCGACACAGAUCUGGGACUUUACGGACAGGACAGGCACCCUAGGAUAUCAGUUUGUGUUGCUUUCGCCGUGCUUUGGCCGUGAGCUGAUUGGUCGGCUCCGUGUCGGUCGACGCCCACCCCACCUCGUCUCUCGUGUGAGGAGGAUACCAGCAGGGGUCUACCAUGUUGGUUUGACCCCCCCAUUCCCCACACAGCGAGUCAGUACCCCCAGCUCCAGGACCCCCCCCCCCUUCGUCGGACCGCGACCAUGGCGCAACUGGACCCCGCCCGCCCCUUGGUGUCCCAGAACCGCGAGCUGGUGCUGUUCUACAUCACGCACAAGCUGGCCCAGAAGAACUUCCCCCUCAACCACCUCACACUGGCGGCCACGCCCCCAAACCGGACUGAGGUGGGCGGGGCCGCACCGGGCCCCGCCCGCGUCCCCGCGCCGCACGCCAACGGCACGCCGAACGGCACCACCGCCGCCGCCACGCCCCCCCCAUCGCCCCCGCCCGCCGCGUCUCCGCCCCGGCGCCAGUCGUCCGCGGAGACGGCCGCCAUGGCGGCGGCGAAGGAGGCGCUGCGGGACACGGCGGGCGAGUUCGAGCUGCGCUUCACGCGGGCCUUCAGCGACCUCUCCUCCCAGCUGCACAUCACGCCGGCCACCGCCUACCAGAGCUUCGAGAGCGUCAUGGACGAGGUGUUCCGCGACGGCGUCAACUGGGGCCGCGUGGUGGGCCUGUUUGCCUUCGGCGGCGCCCUGUGCGUGGAGUGCGUGGAGAAGGAGAUGAGCUCCCUGGUCGGGCGCAUCGCCGAGUGGAUGACGGUGUACCUGGACGUGCACAUCCAGCCCUGGAUCCAGGCACAGGGGGGAUGGGAGCGUUUCUCAGAGGUGUUUGGGAAGGACGCGGCGGCCGAGAGCCGGCGUUCCCAGGAGAGCUUCAGGAAGUGGUUCCUGGCGGGGAUGACCCUGUUCACGGGGGUCGUGGUGGGGUCACUCUUCGCCCAGAAACGCCUCUGAACCCCACGAUGAAGAUGAAGACCUCCACACCUCCAUGUCCUGCACGACAUAGUGCAAAUGAAGGCUUUUAUUUAGGCGUCUCAUCCUCGCCACGCCCUCCUCUCUCGCCCGCGCCUUUAUUUUGAAGAGCAGUUGACUUUGUUUUGUCCUGCUGUUGAUUGGCUCUCAUCGUUGCCGCCGUUGCUGUUUGCUGGUGAUGUCACACUCGACGGACUAAACCAGGAAGUGGAGGAGCCAACCCAGGAGGAGGAGGAGGGGCUAAAUAUGAAAGGAGGAGGGGGGGGGGGGGGGCACUAAUGGAGGAAGACUAGGAGUUCAGUGAGAAGAUGAGGAGUGAGGAAAAGUAGCUGUUUUGGUCAUCCUUUCCCGCUUGCAGACCCCCGAUGGGCACGAUGACCCCGACCCCCUGCUGACGCACAGAUGGACAGGAAGUGAUGUCAGGGCGAGGAGGCAGGAAGUGAUGUCAGGGGGAGGAGGGAGGGAGGGAGGGAGGAGAAGGAGGGGGGAACGAUUCGCUGUCGUUGACUUUUGAUUUUAACUCCUUCUCACACGGUGUGCCCCAGUUUAUACUUUUAUCCUAUUAAUUCAACAUUUUUCUUUCUUAAAAGACAAAUUAAUAAAAGCUGUUUUGGCCAGGCCCUUUGUAACUGUAAUUAUGUGUUCCCCUUCCCCCUCCCCCAUCCCUCUCACCCCCACCCCAGGGUAGUAUUGUUUGUGCCAUAUAGAUCACUUUCUGUUCAGGGUCUGGGUGGUGUAGUUUAUGGGGCUGUUGUGAUUCAUUUCAGUCCCUGUCAUCUGUGUUCACCAUAAAUCAGAAAUCACCUGUUUCUCCCAGAUGCAAGUUAUUAGAACCUGGGUUAUUAAAUCUGUGUUCUCCCAGAGCUUGUUCUACACUUUCGUACGUCUGUCUAGUCUUUAUUUUGGAAGGCUUGAAUUUGGUCUGUUCGCUGCUUGCCAUGUUUUUUUUCUUUCAUUUUUAUUGAAACAUGCAGUUCAUAUGCAUAUACUGCAUGGUUGUCGAUGGCCAAAGCUACUAGCGUGUCAGGCUAGCACGUGGUGCCGUGGUGGAUACGGGCAGGGCACUUUUCCCAAAGUGAAGGCUGCAACCUUGCUAGAACACUUAGCUUGUGGAGAUGAGGCUAGAGUGCUGGCUAGAGUGCUGCCUAGCGUUUGUAGCAUUCAGAGUUUGGGACGACCUGUGUAAAAAAACACAGGUUAAUAUUUUGCAUUUACAUGAUUCAUCUAUAAAAAGCAGUACGGCACAAAAUAUUUCUGAAAACGUUCAAAAACUUCACUUGUGUAAAGCAACGGGUAUUGCUUUCCAGACGCAAUUUGUAAAUACCCCACGCAGCGUGUGAACACAAAGGAUUGUGGGUAUUUUGGCUCGUUGAGACACGAAAAGGGCGCGAAUUUCCGAGCGUUCUCAAAGUUUGGAACAGUGCUUGUCGGUGUUCUAUGACGUAGCAUCCGUAAAAGGGCGGUCCGUUGAGCAUGCUUUCUUCACUUUGGGAAACAGCCCAGAGUGCGUCUGGUCUACCCUGUCGCCCCAACUGUAGCUCUAGCAAGGACAAACACGUACAGUAGCCGGUAGGGGACCAAAGGCCAUGUCCCGAGUGAACCAGGAAAUGCAAGCGAAUCCCUCUGGUUGAGGGGAAGAGAGAGGUUGUGUCAGUUGGGGUUAGUUUACUUUUAGAGGCUGUCUUCAUUGACAAGUCAGCAAUAAAGUGUGAAACCCUGUGUGAUCUUUUAACAUUUUCCUUAGUUUCAUGUUUAUCAAGAAUUACCGCACACUUGAGUGAAUGUCAGAAAUCUCUGUGCGAUCAGUAGCAUAACCAGCACCAAUUAAAGAAUUAUCAUAGCGGUUUGUUCAAACUAAUUGGAAAUUAGCGACAACGGCAUGAUUUCAGUCAUUCGAUCGGACCGAUCUGUUUAGUUUUUAAUUAUUUAACUGGUGAAUCUUCCUCUACCCCAGCAAUCAAUCACGUGGCUCAGCCACAGCUGGGGCACCUGUUUCUCUGUCACACACACACACACACACACACACACACACACACAGCAGAUAAAUCAGACGGCUCUGCUUCACACUUCCUCUGGCAGCUCGUUAAUGAGGAGGAGGAAGUCAGGACAGCUGAAGAAGAGGAGGCUGAGGGGAGACAGGGAGACGGGGCACUAGCGUGAUCGACAGCGGCCCCCUCCCUUCCUCAUGUAGAGCACUAGGGGGGGGGGAGACAGACAAACCGUCCUCCAUGGAUCUCUAAUACCUUCCCUGAUGUCUGCAGUCCACUCACUACUGCAUUUCCUUCACCACACACAAGCACAAACACGCGUGCGCUUCUCAGUACCGUACAUCAUGUAGUCGACACGUCAUAAACCUGCUAGGUUGCUGGUGCUCACUCUCAAUUACAAUUCUAAUCACACACACACACACACCACUCAUCUCUCCCCCCAUUCCUCUCGCCCAACCUCCCCAUCACCCUGGCUAACACCAUUAACCUCCCUCCACCCCGUUAUUUAUUUAUAUUUGUUUCCAUGUCGUAGUCCCCACUUCCCCUGUUGGGCUGAGCACUGCCAGCGCCCAUCCAGCCCACUAGCUGAAGCCAAGGCCUUCUCAGAAGCAUUCCAGUCCCGUAUUAGAUAUAUUUUUCUACUGUAGCCCCUCCCGAUGAAGACCCCCUAACCCCCCCCAAUCCUCACCCCUUACCCCCCACCCGAAACAAGAUCCACGGCUCCCCCUUGUGGUCCAGAUGAGGAGGGCGCCUUCCCCGACACUAUAUCCUAGUUAUUUAAAGUGAUUAGAGUAGCACGCUAGCGUAGCUUCGCAACAUAUUUAAGGUGAAACAAAAGAAAGAAGACAACGUGUGAUGGCUUUGGAACAUUAUUUAUAUUCGUGUCAAAACGUUGAUUACAGAAUCUCCACGCCCCGUCCCUCGCUCGGACGUGAUUCGUUCGUCUCCCUCGUUUAAAGUUUAGCGUUAACGGAUGUUUCUGGCACGAGGAGAAUUAGCGUAGCAACAGAUUAGCUUUAGAAGAUGGUCCUGGUGUGUUGUAGCGAGAACAGGGCAGCGGUCCGAAACGAUGCUACUGUCCGACUGUGUCUAUCCAAAUGCCAUUUGUAAUACUUUGAACUGCGAUUAAAACCUAAUAAAAUACUGCUGGAGGUUGGA